GCGGAGACGCAGCGUGCGCGGCGGCGGGGCCCGGGGGAAGGCAGCGGGGCCAGCGGGGACCGGGCCGGGGGGGGUCCGCCGCCGCCGCCGCCAUGCAGGAAAUCAUCGCCAGCGUGGAUCACAUCAAGUUCGACCUGGAGAUCGCGGUGGAGCAGCAGCUCGGGGCGCAGCCGCUGCCCUUCCCCGGCAUGGACAAGUCGGGGGCUGCGGUCUGCGAGUUCUUCUUGAAGGCUGCCUGUGGUAAAGGGGGCAUGUGCCCUUUCCGCCACAUCAGUGGUGAGAAGACAGUAGUGUGCAAGCAUUGGCUGCGGGGGCUAUGCAAAAAAGGGGACCAAUGCGAGUUCCUGCAUGAGUACGACAUGACCAAGAUGCCCGAGUGCUAUUUCUACUCCAAGUUCGGGGAGUGCAGCAAUAAGGAGUGUCCCUUCCUACACAUCGACCCCGAGUCCAAGAUCAAGGACUGCCCGUGGUAUGACCGCGGCUUCUGCAAGCACGGCCCUUUGUGCAGGCACCGGCACACGCGUAGGGUCAUUUGUGUCAACUACCUCGUGGGAUUCUGUCCGGAGGGGCCCUCGUGCAAGUUCAUGCACCCCCGUUUCGAGCUGCCCAUGGGAACCACUGAGCAGCCCCCACUGCCGCAGCAGACGCAGCCUCCCACCAAGCAAAGUAACAAUCCGCCAUUACAAAGGUCGUCCUCCUUGAUCCAGUUAACGAGUCAGAACUCUUCUCCCAACCAGCAGAGAGCCCCACAGCUCAUCGGGGUCAUGCAGAGUCAAAAUAGCAGCGCAGGCAACCGCGGACCCCGGCCACUGGAGCAGGUCACUUGUUAUAAGUGUGGCGAGAAAGGACACUACGCCAACAGAUGCACCAAAGGGCACUUGGCCUUUCUCAGCGGACAGUGACACUGGCAGAAGCGUGCUUGACCUGGAGGUGCCCAUGCCUGUCACCUCCCACCCUCUUGCUGUCAUCCUGUUAAGGGACACUGGCUUAAUUUUGUCCCUCAAGUCAGCAUCAUGUUUGCCGGAACAUCUCAGCCUCCUGUGGGGGGUCCUGCACACCUGUUCUCGGAGGGCUGCGAGUUGAGCCAAGCAGCUGAGGAAGGUGCUUUCUGGGGCUCAUGGACAGGCCCUGCCCGCCUCCUUGUCCUGCUGAAUCCUGAAGCUGUGCCCAUCGAUGUGAGCCUCGAGGUCGCCUUCAGGGCAAACUCAAGUGCGCUUGUUUCUCAGCCUUGCCCACCUGGGUGUCGGGGUGAGGCUGGGGCACGGUGGGUGAGGUGUGUGCCUUAAACUGAAGCAGGCGCCACAGGCCUCCCCCUGUGCACCUACCUCUUGGCCAGCAAGCGCCUAUGCUGUCGCAGACCCUCAGCCUGGCCAAGUGAAACCACCUGUCACUGUGGUGACUGGGUCUGUCCAAUUACAAGAUACCGUUUAUAAA